UUGUAAAAUAAUUUCUCCAAGCCCGUUUCGAACCUACCGGCCUUUUCAUUUAAAUAGGUAUAAAACCUAAAGGUGUUUGACUUUAUCUCCCAUUCUUUUCCGAGGAGGAUUGGGUGCCCUAAAUUUUCUUUUUAUACGCAUUAUCUGUAGAACAAUGCCACCCAUCUAACGGCACAUCUCAACGGCUGUUGCCUUAUUCGUUAACAACCAUUAUUCUUUCGCUCAGCGUUACGCCAAGGCCAAGCAGCCAUCGGUGAGAAUCGCGCGGCCAGAAUCAUUAAUAAUGUAUCCAGGACAGGAGAAGGGCGGGAAACCCGAAGCAUUGGAGCGAGGAGGGGACGAACCACUCCAGCCGAGUACUUGCCCGCAACGUUCAGUGCAAAGCUCCGCCCUUACAACUAAAGGACUAAGAGAGUAUUUUAAUUUCGGCAACUAGGCCUCCUCAUUGGUCGAGGAAGAAAAGGCGGGACGAAUUCUGGCCAAUCGAAGCGAACCAAGGAAUGAAGGGUAGGGCUUCAACCUGAAUGACAGCUCGGGAGAUAAACAAGUCCCUGCGCGAGACUCUCCAUUAAGCGAGCUGCGUAGCCCACUUUUCCCUCCAGAAGAAGGCAGCUGGUGGCAGGUCAAGUGAAUAAGUUCGCUUCCUGGUUUCUCUACUGAGCCAUCUGCGACUCGUUCACUCAACAUGAAGAGUCAGCAACUUCCCAGCACCCACUCAGCAAUAAUCGAGGGAGCGCGCUGCAACGCGCAGGCGCUUGCUAGCUAAGGUCUUGCAAGCGGCUCUGGGCCUUGUAGUUCCGGUAUUCCCAGUCUUCCCCAAGCGUCUGCGAAUUCGCGCCUCCAUCACUACUACCUGACCCAGAAGCCCUUGCGACUCUAACUCUUGGAAGCCGUGGUUGAAGCGGGUGGCGGCUGAGGGGACUCCCCCACCCCCCCCCAAAACCCAAAACAAGGAAAUGGUGCCCAGUGUGGUGGCCUCGUGCCCUUGCGCCUGAAUGCUGCCGGUCCGUCCCCCCCGCACACCGUUGUCCACCUCCCUCUCUUCCUUCUCUAGUCGCUCCUUCCAUGGGUGAAAGACAUGGACUACGAGUUCAAAUCCAAGCUGGCGGCCGAGCGCGAGCGGGUGGAGGAUCUGUUCGAGUACGAGGGCUGCAAAGUCGGGCGAGGCACCUACGGGCACGUCUACAAAGCGCGGCGCAAGGACGGGUAAGAAGAAACCGCGCGGCGGGGAGCGGGAAGAGUGCAGCGGCGGCGGCGGCCCAGGGGAACCGAGAUUCCAAUGGGCUUCGUAUAUGGACUUCAAACCUUGGAGGUAGCAAGAUACUCAGCAGAAGAAAAGAUGAAAAAGAAUAUGCACUGAAACAGAUUGAAGGCACAGGGAUAUCCAUGUCGGCCUGUAGAGAAAUAGCACUUUUGAGAGAACUGAAGCACCCUAAUGUGAUUGCAUUACAGAAGGUUUUCCUUUCUCAUAGUGAUAGAAAGGUGUGGCUGCUGUUUGAUUAUGCUGAACAUGAUUUGUGGCAUAUUAUCAAGUUUCAUCGUGCUUCAAAAGCAAACAAAAAACCCAUGCAGCUGCCAAGAUCUAUGGUCAAAUCACUACUUUAUCAGAUUCUUGAUGGAAUCCAUUAUCUCCAUGCAAACUGGGUGCUUCACAGAGACUUAAAACCAGCAAAUAUUCUAGUAAUGGGAGAAGGUUCUGAAAGAGGAAGAGUUAAGAUAGCUGAUAUGGGUUUUGCAAGGCUAUUCAAUUCUCCUCUUAAGCCGCUGGCAGACCUUGACCCAGUUGUGGUGACAUUUUGGUACAGAGCUCCAGAAUUGUUACUUGGGGCAAGGCACUACACAAAGGCAAUUGAUAUAUGGGCUAUUGGCUGUAUAUUUGCUGAGCUAUUGACGUCAGAACCUAUAUUUCACUGUCGUCAGGAAGACAUCAAAACAAGCAAUCCUUUCCAUCAUGAUCAGCUUGAUCGCAUAUUUAGUGUCAUGGGAUUCCCUGCAGAUAAAGACUGGGAAGACAUUAGGAAAAUGCCAGAAUAUCCUACACUUCAAAAAGAUUUCAGAAGAACAACAUACGCCAAUAGUAGCCUCCUCAAAUACAUGGAGAAACACAAAGUCAAGCCUGAUAGCAAAGUAUUUCUUUUGCUUCAGAAACUUCUGACUAUGGAUCCGACUAAAAGAAUUACCUCAGAGCAAGCUAUGCAGGAUCCUUACUUCCAGGAAGACCCAUUGCCUACAUCAGAUGUUUUUGCUGGUUGCCAGAUUCCGUACCCCAAACGAGAAUUUCUUAAUGAAGAUGAACCCGAGGAAAAGGGCGAUAAGAAUCAACAGCAGCAGAACCAACAUCAGCAACAAACUGGACCUCAGCAGCAGCAAGCAGCACCUCAGCAGCCGCAGCAACCACAGCCGCAAGCAGCACCUCAACAGCAAAACAGCACCCAGACCAACGGACCUGCAGGGGGUGGCGGGACAGGAGGUGGUGGGACUGGGGCAGGCCUCCAGCACAGCCAGGACUCCAGCCUCAACCAGGUGCCUCCAAACAAGAAACCACGCCUUGGGCCUUCAGGCACGAAUUCAGGCGGGCCUGUCAUGCCUUCAGACUAUCAACACUCCAGUUCACGCCUGAGUUACCAAAGCAACAUUCAGGGAUCUUCUCAGUCCCAGAAUACAAUGGGCUAUUCAACAUCAUCUCAGCAGAGUUCUCAGUACCAUCCGUCCCACCAAUCUCACCGGUACUAAAGAGACUUCUUCAUAAAGGGUGUUAGAAAGGAAUGAACUAACAAUGAGUGGACUCCAGCAAUAUGAAGUUCAUAACCAUGAGAAGAACCAAAAAAUGCAAAUUGUGAUGCAGAUUUUAGAAUUGCAAACUUUUUAUUUACUGAUUAUUUUAAGACAAGAGACAGUUUUUAUCCUUUUUUGCCAUAAAGGAGAUUCUUGUGAAGUUUCCCUUCAGCUUGCUUUCGCAUGUGUUCCAUUGUGGUUAUACUCGAUCUGAUCUGAACCAAGCACUUAAACUUCUUUAACCUAUGGAAUUGUUGAAGGAUUCCUGGUGCACCUUUCUCGUGUUGUAGUAAUUGCCAUAAAUCUAACCUUUUCCAAAUCCUUUUACCAGGAUUUUAAAUUUUUGGAAUCUUGAACUCCUGGGCUUUUCAAGCUUGUAUAUAGUUAAUUUUUUUACUAGGCAGACCAGUUUAGCUAUACAGGUAUAAUGCACCUUUUAAAAGCACUAUGUUAUUUUCACAGGAUAUUACUCUUUUGCUCAUGGAUGUCAAGAACAGCAGAUUUUACUAUUCCAGAGUAUUUUAUUAUCUUUUUAGUAGUCUAAUUUUCAGAUGAGAUAUUUAAAAAAAAAAAGAAGAAAAGAAAAAUAUACAACCCAAGUCUCUGCAGCAGCUAUUACAUGUUAUGUGUUUGGAUUGAACACCAAACAGAAGAUUAUGAAUGUUUCUUUUAUCAUUCAGAUGAGCAUCCCAUAGAUGAUUGGUCAUUUUCUUCCAAAUGAAUUGACUGAAGCUUUGCUUUAUAUUAAGGUAUGGAAGCAAAGCAGAAGACAUCAACUUUUGUGGCUCCAGUAGAACAAAUGUGUCUAUAGUGUCUUCUUUAGUGGUUAUCUGUUACCUGCAGUGGUGUCUUUGCUCUCUGUUGAAUCUCUACAAUUGGGGUUCAGCAUUAAUGGGAUAAAGGGCAAAGGAGGCUUUGCCCCUCCUUUGGGGAUGCUGAGUGGAGGGAUGAAGUGUACUCUAAUAUAUAUGAGCAUCUUUCAUUUAUUUCUUACCUAGACUUUGAUUUUGAAACUUGCAGCAGAAACAAACUAAAUGUGCUGUGGCACCUUAAAAGACUAAUAAUUUUGUUCUUGCAUUAGUAUCUGCCCAGUUGCAGAAGACUUGCAAUCAUGAACAUUGAGAAGCCAUUAAUGUCAUUGCUGUUAUUCCUUCAUUAUCCAGUUGAAGCAGAUCAAAUACUGAAAAAGGAGUAGUCGAACAAUGUAUUGAAAUUGCUUGGCCUUCUCAUGUACAAAAUGCAUCUGAUGUUGUUGUGUCACUGUGGUGAUUGAUCCAGAUUAGAUGUGGUAGAUAAGAUAUGCUAUAUUGAAAUGCUUUUUAAUCCUAAGACAGGAAUAGACUCCAUGCUGUCCUUCCGGUGUUUUGGACUACAUUCCUUGCCACUGGCUGUGCUAGCUCAAGCUGAUUAAGAAUGAAAGUUCAGGAUACCUUGAGGAGGGCACUAGGUUGCCUGUCUCUGCCCUAAGAUCUGACACAAAGUGUCCUGAAGAAAUAUUGUGAUCCUGGACAAGCACUUCACAUGAAAAGUAACAAAGCUUAUGAACAGAUCCUAUAUGUUGGAGACUUGUCAAAUCACUAGUUAUAGUAUCUGUGAACAGAAGCAACAUAGACUAUGAAGCAAGUCCGUCCCGUAUCUAUUUUUUUAAAACUAUAUAAAUAAGGUAGUGCGUUUUAUUCAGAAAUUUAGAAUUUAUCGUUGAAUUCACCAUAUUCUGACUUUUCUUCUUUUUAAAGUAGAUUUUCUGUCUUUCUACGUAUGAAGGUAACUUAAAGUAAGCAUUUCUUAGUUAACAUUUUAGAAUGUGAGGGAAUGCAACUGAAUAGGGUUUUCCAAGGGUAAUCACUAUUACUUCCCCAUGGCUACUAAAAGUAGAAUAAUUAGAUAUCAGUGCAAAUUUGUGUUGUUUGUGCAAAUUAUAGAAUUCAAUUUCUUUGUGUGGGAAUUUGGCUCAUCGUGGUGCAGAAGCUUUUUAAGCAUGCUAGGCCCUAACUUUAUUGCACUAAAUGUGAAAGGAUAUAUACUUUAGAGUAUAUACAGUAAGCAGCACUCAAUAUUUUAAAAAUAAUUAUUAAAAAAGAGAGAUGGAGGAAAAAAACAGGUUAUAUAGGCAUUUUAUGGGCAUUUACACUAUAUAGCAUAAGGUUAUGCCUUGUGGUUUUUUUCUUCUUAUAUAUAAGAACCCCUUAACAAAAGUUAAAACUUUAUACUAAGACUGCAAUACAAAUUUGUGUUGGGUAUGUUUGCCACCUUGAGUUAUUUGUAAAAAUAAUAAAGGCGGAAUAUAAAUAAAUAGUAAAAAAAUUAGACAGUGGAUCCACUCGCUUGGAAGGGAAAUUUUGAUUCUGAGCGUAAUAGAGGUGUCUGAUUCAUGAAAUGACAAGUAAUUUAUUUCCGAAGAUAUAUAACUGGAUCUUUCUCCCCUGAAAAACUUUAUUUUUUGUAAUACUUUGCGCAUCAUGUGUCUAAAUUAGUUUUGUUGGAUGGAGUUUGCAUCUUCCAUACAAAUCUUCAGUGAAAACAUUCCUUUUCUUUCAUACGUCUCCAAUUUUAUCUGUCUUAUUGCAUUCAAGCUAAUGUCUGGUCAGCAGCUGAGAAGGUUAUUAAAUUUCAUUUUGACCAGCUUAUGAACAACCCAUUUUCUUUUUGCUACUCCAGCCUUCUUCUUGUUGCAACUGCAACUAUUGUGAGUUCUGUCAAAAUAUAGCUUCCUCUGUGCAUGCAGUGUGAUAAUCUGUGUUGAAUGUGCUUUAUUUCCAUGAGCUUCCGGUCCCCUAAGAUAUGGCCAUGAUUAUAUUCUGUAUUGAUAUCUUUGCAUAUUUGCUGGAAAAUAAUGGCUUGCUGUGCUCCAUUUCCCUGCAGCAUCUGUGCAUACAUAUGUAGCUGUGCUCAAUACUUCAUGGCCUUCCAAAUAAGCUUUGACAGGGGAAUAGAUGAAAGUUUAGGUUUACACUUUUGAAAUGUUUACUGCACUCUUUCUCUAUGUGUAUCUUGGCUUUGCGGCAUACUUGGCCUACUAGGGUGAACUAUUUGUGUAUAAUAUGAUGAGUGUCUCAUGUAAUGCAGGACUAAAAUGAGAUGGCUUUGUUUCAGGGGAAUUUUAACAAAUCAGAAUACAUUGUAUAAUAAAUCAUGUGUUGUGUGUUAUGGAAACAGGACACAGAAAUGUUCAUAACUGUGCAGCUUUGCUUUAAUCUAGAGUUUUCAUGUUGCUAUCUCAUUGGCUCUUGGAAGUGAGGGUCAAGCAAUUGACCAGUUUUGCUACCCUCAUUCUGCAGCGCUUCUCUUCUGGUUUUCAAAGAAAAGGGCCAAGAAAAUAUGAUUAGCAAAGCAGGGAUGACAUGAACAGUAACGCAGACUGCAUAAUGAAGGAAGAAUCAUGUGAAAGCUGCAAGUCCUGCACUGUAAUCUGUGACACUGUAUCUGGUCGGGUGGGAAACGGGUGGGGAGGUUGGGAAGACAUCUUGUUGUUAGGGAAGUGGAAGCUUGAAGUAUUUGAUUAUGUAUAAUAUUUUAUAUAAACGUAAUAAGCUUAGUUCCCCUUCAUAAUCUUCAUUGAUGGUACUUAAGCAACUUUAAGUAAGGAUAACUGUUUUAAGACAAAAAAAUAAACAUACUGUAUAUAAGAUCAUGUGUAAUCUUUGUUUUGCCAGCAGAGUAAUAUGUAUUGCUUUAUGUGUGUGGGGGGGAGUCUUUUAAUGCACUGUUAUCUCCUACAUAUUUAGUAGUAAAUUAAUUCUAUUUAAUUUUUUUUUUAAAAAAUAUCUGUCUUCAGUAGACACUAAAAAGUAUUACAUAAUGUGGACUGAAAUGGUCCCUUUUGAAAAGCAGUUUAAUAAUUCUUAUAUCUGUAAGUAGUUUGCUUUUUUGUUUUUUUAUUUGCUCAUGUAUAACUAUUUGUGGAAGAUUGCCUGCCCUCGGUUCUCUUUUAUACAUUACUUCACAUAUUCAUCUUCGGUUCUUGCAUUUGUGUUUAUUAUAUCCUUGUGUGUCCUCUUUAAUGUCUCUUCAGUUCAUAAGUAAUAGCCAAUGAUUACCAAUAUAUUUUUUGCCUGUUGAGGAUGGAUGGAUGGAUGGACAGACAGACAGUUGCACUAAAUAUUUCAAUUUCCCCAGUGCAGAGUUGUAUUUUCACUUGUUAAAAUUCCAUGGCAUACUUACACUUAAAUGGAAUUAAUUACAUCAUCAUGUUUUACAUCAGUAAAGUAUUAUUAAUGCAA